CUGAGACCAACCCAGACACUUCUAACUCUCACUCUGAAGCUCAAGCUCACCCCUCGCUCUGCAACAUGAAGGUCUCCGCAGCACUUCUGUGCCUGCUGCUCACAGCAGCUGUCUUGAGCCCCCAGGGGCUUGCUCAGCCAGAUGCAAUUAAUGCCCCAGUCACCUGCUGCUAUAAAUUCACCAAUAAGAGGAUCUCAGUGCAGAGGCUGGCAAGCUACAGAAGAGUCACCAGCAGCAAGUGUCCCAAAGAAGCUGUGAUCUUCAAGACCAUACUAGACAAGGAGAUCUGUGCUGACCCCAAUCAGAAGUGGGUCCAGGAUUCCAUGGCCCACCUGGACAAGAAAACUCAAACUCCAAAGCCUUGAACACUCAUGCCACAACCCAAGAAUCUGCAGCUAAUUUAUUUUCCCCUGGCUUCCCCUGGAUACCCUGUUUUUUCUGUAUUAUAAUUCCAGAGGGUAUGCAUUUUGUUGAUUAAUAUAAAACAUGAUGCUUUAAGUAAUGUUAAUAUUAUUUAAGUUAUUGAUGUUUUAACUUUAUCUUCUGUGAUACUAGUAUUUUUUAGAUAUGGAGACUUGGGCAAAUUUCUUUUCCUUUGUGAACCCCAAUUCUGCACCUGGGGUGUUUUGAGGGUCUUUGCAAGGAUCAUUAAUGCAAGGACUUUUUGUUUUUAAAUUCCAAGGCAUUGCUACAAAUAUUAUUGUGGAAAUGUAUAUUAUGUAAUAUUAAACAAUAUAUAUAUAUAUUUUUGUACAAAA